CUAAGGGAUGUUGGGCGAGGUGGAGAGCCUUGCUGAUUGGCUGGCGGCAGUCACAUGCUUGGCUUCUUAUUAAGAAGUGGGGUCGGUGUGUUUGACAAACUGGUUGGUGUCUCAUGUGGUCACUAAGUGCCUGUGCGGGGAAGGGCGAUCAGUGGCAGCAGCAGCGGGAGGAGAGGGAAAGGGCUGGUGCUGAUUGAUCCCAUUGCAAGGAGCGUGCCAGGGGAAGGAGAGCAGCCUACGAGCCAUUGCAUGUGGGCUACCAGCCUGCUGCUGCUGAAUGUCAUCUCCCAUGCACGCAAUCCAGGCCUGAGGAGCGCCGUACCCCCGGGGAUGUGUCUGCCCCCCGAAUCCUUACCUGUCUCAUUGGAUUCUAACCCCUGUGCUUGUCUAGAAUGGCUCGUUUUGGAGACGAUUUACCCACCCGCUAUGGAACCGGCGUGCCUGGGGGAGUGGGAAGGGGCAGCAGCCGGCAAGGUGGCCCCCAGGCCGGCCAGAGGAUGUACAAGCAGUCGAUGGCUCAGAGGGCUCGGACCAUGGCUCUCUAUAACCCCAUCCCCGUCAAACAGAACUGCUUCACCGUCAAUAGAUCCCUGUUCAUCUUCAGUGAGGAUAAUAUUAUCCGCAAAUAUGCCAAGAGGAUCACCGAGUGGCCUCCAUUUGAAUAUAUGAUUCUAGCAACAAUCAUUGCCAAUUGCAUAGUCUUGGCUUUGGAACAGCACCUUCCGGAACAUGACAAGACGGACAUGUCUGAGAGGCUGGAUGACACAGAGCCAUACUUUAUUGGAAUAUUCUGUUUCGAAGCCGGCAUCAAAAUUAUCGCCUUGGGCUUUGUUUUCCAUAAAGGCUCCUACCUCCGGAAUGGUUGGAAUGUCAUGGAUUUCGUGGUGGUACUGACCGGGAUUCUGGCGACAGCUGGGACAGACUUUGACCUGCGGACGCUGCGGGCGGUUCGAGUGCUGAGACCUCUAAAGCUGGUGUCUGGAAUUCCAAGCCUGCAGGUGGUAUUGAAGUCCAUCAUGAAGGCGAUGGUUCCCUUGCUCCAGAUCGGCCUACUCCUCUUCUUCGCUAUUGUCAUGUUCGCUAUUAUUGGCUUGGAGUUUUAUAUGGGCAAGUUCCACAAGGCCUGCUUUUCUGAUGACUCAGAUGAGCCUGUAGGAGAUUUCCCCUGUGGGGAAGAACUUCCAGCCCGACUCUGUGAAAACGGGACCACGUGUCGGGUUUAUUGGAAGGGGCCGAAUUUUGGAAUCACCAACUUUGAUAACAUCCUGUUUGCAGUUCUGACCGUGUUCCAGUGCAUCACUAUGGAGGGAUGGACAGACAUCCUGUACAACACAAACGAUGCUGUGGGUUUCAUGUGGAACUGGCUCUAUUUUAUCCCACUCAUAAUUGUUGGCUCUUUCUUCAUGCUGAACCUGGUUCUGGGUGUCCUCUCAGGGGAAUUUGCUAAGGAACGAGAGCGAGUAGAAAAUCGACGGGCCUUCCUCAAACUCCGACGGCAGCAGCAAAUUGAACGUGAAUUAAAUGGUUACCUGGAGUGGAUCUUCAAAGCUGAGGAAGUCAUGUUGGCUGAGGAGGAUAAGAAUGCAGAGGAGAAGUCCCCCUUAGAUGUUCUCAAGAGGGCAACCAUUAAGAAAAGCAAAAACGACCUUAUCCACGCUGAGGAGGGGGACGAUCAUUUCAAUGACAUCUGUUCUGUGGGUUCACCCUUUGCCCGUUCAAGUCUCAAAAGUGGAAAGAACGAGAGUUCUUACCUUCGCCGAAAAGAAAAGAUGUUCAGGUUCUUCAUCCGCCGCAUGGUGAAAGCUCAGAGUUUCUAUUGGUUUGUACUCUGUGUGGUGGCGCUUAACACUCUCUGCGUGGCCAUAGUACACUACAACCAGCCUCAGUGGCUCACUGAAGCCUUGUAUUAUGCAGAGUUUGUGUUCCUGGGACUUUUCUUGACAGAAAUGUCCAUGAAGAUGUAUGGUCUGGGACCCCGCAAUUACUUCCACUCAUCCUUCAACUGCUUCGAUUUUGGCGUAAUAGUCGGAAGUAUUUUUGAAGUCAUAUGGGCUGCGGUGAAACCAGGUACCUCCUUUGGCAUCAGCGUCCUUAGAGCUCUGCGACUUCUUCGCAUCUUUAAGGUGACCAAGUACUGGAACUCCUUAAGAAAUCUGGUGGUGUCUCUUCUCAACUCCAUGAAGUCCAUUGUCAGCCUACUUUUCCUUCUGUUCCUCUUCAUCGUGGUGUUUGCUCUGCUUGGAAUGCAGCUAUUUGGUGGACAGUUUUAUUUUGAGGAGGAAACACGGAACACAAACUUUGACACCUUCCCUACUGCAAUCCUUACUGUGUUUCAGAUUUUGACAGGAGAAGACUGGAAUCUUGUCAUGUAUUUUGGCAUCGAGUCACAGGGGGGUGUCAGCAAAGGAAUGUUCUCGUGCAUCUUUUUCAUCGUUCUGACACUGUUUGGAAACUAUACCCUUCUAAAUGUCUUCUUGGCCAUUGCUGUGGAUAACUUAGCAAAUGCACAAGAACUAACCAAGGAUGAAGAAGAAAUGGAAGAAGCCACCAACCAGAAGCUGGCGCUACAAAAAGCUAAAGAAGUGGCGGAAGUCAGCCCCAUGUCCGCGACCAACUUGUCAAUCACAGCUUUUGUAAAGCAAACUCAAGGUGCAAUAUCUCGGAGCUCGUCCGUCUCCAACGUAAAUUCACCGAAUGUGUCGCUCCCCGCGGGUAUUAAAACCCAACUCUCAGCCUGGGAGCUGGCGCCCAUCUAUGGCCGACAUCUGCAUGCCAUGGAUCCUUGCAAACAGCAGAAUUCCACCAAGUGUCGCUCUGUGUGGGAGCAGCGAGCCAGCCAGAUUCGAAAGCACAAUUUCAACGCUAGCAGUGAGGCCCUCUACAGCGAGUUGGAACCUGAGGAACGGCUGCGCUAUGCCACCACCCUACAGCUAAGGCCUGAUAUGAAGAGUCAUAUGGACCGGCCACUUUUGGUUGAGCCACAGGACUCAACCGAGACAAAAGAUGAUAGCCCAGAUCCCCCAGCUCCAAAUGAAAUAGACCCAGUUCCUGGUGUGACUUCUGAGCCCUCGGCGCGUAAACCGCACCGGCACCGUGAUCGAGGCAGUGGAGAACCCAAUGGUGGAGGGAGAGAGAACGGUAAUCAUAAUGGAGAUUCAGCAAGUAAUGACAGAGAGGAGCAUCAACGUCAACAUAGGAGUCACAGCAAAGAAGGUGAAGGAGGUAAGGAAACAGGAAGGGGAGAGAGGAACCGCAGUCAGGAAAGGGGGAAGCGACACCAUAGAAGGGCAUCCCCUGAGGACGGGACAGAGAGAGAGCAUCGGCGACACCGUAAUCAUCGCCAUUCAGCAGACAGGCAAGGCAAAGAAGGCAAUGGCCAGCCACCCUCUGGGGGUAAGGGUGAAAGAAAGUCCCGGCACAGGGGUGGUGGUUCAAGAUCUGGAAACAGAGAGGGGGAUGGAACUUACAGAGGAACUGGGGAGAAUGGAGAUGAGUCUCAAAGGUCACGGCAUCGCAAUAGACAUAAAGCACUCUCUACAUAUGACACAGAAGACAAGAAGGAGAACAAAGAUGGUGAAUCAGCAGAAAAAGAGCACCGCAAUCAUAGGCCAAGGGAAAACCGCAAUGAGUCGGAGCUUCCACCUGGUGGGUUGCAGCAGUUGACUGAGCAGCCAGAAGAUGCAGAUAACCAGAAGAAUGUCAACCGCAUGGCACUGCCCCAUCCAGACCGAAGCAGCACCAUCAAUAUUCCGGUGACCAUCACGGCACCACCUGGAGAAAGUGCUGUCAUACCAAUCAAUAAUGUGGAUUUCGAUGGGAAGUCUGAGGAGAAGAAGGAAAUGGAAGACGAUCUCACCAAGAAUGGUCCCAAACAGAUCUUGCCUUACAGUUCCAUGUUCAUCUUUAGUACCACCAAUCCAGUCCGUCGUCUCUGCCAUUACAUUGUCAACAUGCGGUACUUUGAGAUGGUCAUCCUGGUAGUGAUUGCACUGAGCAGCAUUGCCCUGGCCGCAGAAGAUCCGGUGCAGGCCGACUCACCCCGCAAUGAUGUUCUUAAAUACAUGGAUUAUAUAUUUACUGGAGUCUUCACCUUUGAGAUGGUUAUUAAGAUGAUUGACCUCGGGCUGCUGCUUCACUCGGGAUCUUAUUUUAGAGAUCUGUGGAACAUUUUGGAUUUCAUUGUGGUCAGCGGCGCCCUGGUGGCCUUUGCGUUCUCGAGUUUUGUUGGAGGAAACAAAGGAAAAGAUCUGAACACCAUCAAGUCUUUGAGGGUUUUGCGUGUUUUACGGCCACUGAAAACCAUCAAACGUCUGCCCAAGCUGAAGGCGGUGUUUGACUGCGUAGUGAACUCUCUGAAGAACGUCCUGAACAUUCUGAUCGUUUACAUGCUCUUCAUGUUUAUCUUUGCUGUCGUCGCAGUCCAGCUCUUCAAGGGCAAGUUCUUCUACUGCACAGAUGAGUCUAAAGAUUUGGAGAAGGACUGCAGGGGGGAAUAUCUGCAUUAUGAAAAUAAUGAUGUGAGGGCUCAGGCAAGAGAGUGGAAGAAAUAUGAUUUUCACUAUGACAACGUACUGUGGGCAUUGCUCACCCUGUUCACGGUCUCCACUGGAGAAGGUUGGCCAAAUGUCCUCAAACAUUCAGUAGAUUCCACCUAUGAGGAUCAGGGUCCAACCCCUGGUUUCAGGAUGGAGAUAUCAAUCUUCUAUGUGGUUUAUUUUGUAGUGUUCCCAUUUUUCUUUGUCAACAUUUUUGUGGCUCUGAUUAUCAUCACCUUUCAGGAGCAAGGGGAUAAGGUCAUGUCGGAGUGUAGCCUUGAAAAGAACGAGAGGGCCUGCAUAGACUUUGUCAUCAGUGCCAAGCCUCUCACUCGAUAUAUGCCUCAAAACCGCCAGUCUUUUCAGUACAAGAUGUGGCGAUUUGUUGUGUCUCCUCCAUUUGAAUACUUUAUCAUGGUGAUGAUAGCUCUGAACACCAUUGUGCUCAUGAUGAAGUUUUAUGGGGCCCCGCAAACAUAUGAAGACAUGUUGAAAUGCCUAAAUAUUAUCUUCACCUCAAUGUUCUCUCUGGAAUGUAUCUUAAAGAUAAUCGCCUUUGGGGUACUGAAUUAUUUCAGAGACGCCUGGAAUGUGUUUGACUUUGUCACCGUGCUGGGAAGUAUCACUGAUAUUUUAGUUACAGAGAUUGCGGACACGGAAAACUUCAUCAACUUGAGCUUCCUGCGACUUUUCCGAGCUGCCCGACUGAUCAAACUGCUACGUCAAGGAUACACCAUACGAAUCCUUCUCUGGACCUUCGUGCAGUCUUUUAAGGCCUUGCCAUAUGUCUGCCUCCUGAUCGCCAUGUUGUUCUUCAUCUAUGCCAUUAUUGGCAUGCAGGUAUUUGGAAACAUUGCAUUGUCCGAUGAUAACUCCAUAAACAGACACAACAACUUCCGCACCUUCUUUCAAGCUCUGAUGCUCCUGUUCAGGAGUGCCACCGGUGAGGGCUGGCAUGAAAUCAUGCUGUCUUGCCUCAGUAAUCGACCCUGCGAUCCUCGCUCCGGCAACACCAAAGAAGAAUGUGGCAGUGACUUUGCAUAUUUCUAUUUUGUCUCUUUCAUCUUCCUGUGCUCUUUCCUGAUGCUGAAUCUUUUUGUUGCUGUCAUUAUGGAUAAUUUUGAGUACCUGACAAGAGACUCUUCCAUCCUGGGACCACAUCAUCUUGAUGAGUUUAUCAGAGUCUGGGCAGAGUAUGAUCCGGCUGCUUGCUGCCGAAUACACUAUAAGGAUAUGUACAAUUUAUUACGUUUUAUUGCCCCUCCGUUGGGGCUGGGGAAACGCUGCCCAUCGCGGGUGGCAUACAAGCGUCUCGUAAAAAUGAAUAUGCCUAUCUCUGAUACAGACCUGACUGUUCAUUUCACCUCCACCUUGAUGGCUUUGAUCCGAACUGCUCUGGAUGUUAAAUUGGCUUCAGGUGGAAUUAAACAGCAUGAAUGUGAUGCUGAGCUGAGGAAAGAAAUCACAUCUGUGUGGCCCAACCUGUCACAGAAAACUCUGGAUCUUCUGGUACCACCUCAUAAGCCUGACGAAAUGACUGUUGGAAAGGUCUAUGCUGCCCUGAUGAUAUUUGACUUCUACAAGCAGAAUAAAAACAACCGUGAUCAGUCUCACCCACAGUCUGGUGUCCUUUCUCAGACUGGUACAGUCUCCCUUUUCCAGCCAUUGAAAGCUACUUUGGAACCGUUCGGAAAUUCCAAAAUGUUUAUUCGUCAGAAGAGCUCGGCUUCUCUAAACAAUGGUGGUGUGGUGCCAGAUCAAGAUACAGGUAUUCGAGAAUCAAGUUCUUGGGGAACCCAACCUGCUACAGAUCCCUUUUCUACUCCGAGGAGCACUACAUUCCAAAGAGGGAACUCAGAGGAGAUCCAUGCACAAAGAAAUGGCAAACAGUCUGUAGAGAUGAAGCAAAUCGGACAGACUUUGUCUAAUGGAGGAGAACACCCUACGGGCCUGGAGUCUCAGGGUCGUGCAGUUUCCAUGCCACGGCUAGCAGCUGAAACCCACCCGAGAAGCCGCGUUCCUUCUCCUGGAAAUGGUUACCUGCCAUCGAUUCCUGAUAGCAGUCCGAUGAAGCGGUCAGUUUCCACCCUGACACCGCCGCAGCGAGCCCAGCUGUAUGAAUACUCCCUAGAAAGGGUCCCACCUGAGCGCACACACCAGCACCAUCACCGGUGCCACCGGCGAAAGGAGAGAAAGCAAAAAUCGAUGGAAAGAUCGCCACAAAGCGAGGACGCAGAUGCCCCCACCAGGGAGAGAAAACACGAAAGAGGACGAUCCCAAGAAAGGAAACAGCAGCCUCCAUCUUCAUCGGAGAAACAGCGAUUCUACUCCUGUGACCGAUAUGGAAGCCGCGACUCCGGCCACCCUCGUCACUGUGAUCACAGCCGGGCACCAUCACCUAGUGCUGGACAAGACCAUAGCACACACAGACAAGGCAGCGGUUCGGCCAGCGGAAGUCCACGACUCACUAGUUCCGGUGCUAGCACCCCAUGCCGGGGGAUCCGGAGACAACUCCCUCAGACUCCUCUCACCCCUCGGCCCAAUGUUACAUACCGGACAGCUCACUCCUCCCCUGUGCACUUUGGGGGGCCUGCUUAUUCCCCAGGACGUCUAAGUCGGGGUUUAUCAGAGCACAACACCCUACUGUACAGCGAUUCCCCCAGCCACUCAGCGUCCACAGUUACUCGCGUUGGGUCCGACCCCUACUUGGGACCACGCCAGGAUAGUGACAGUUACUGUCCUUUGUCAGAGGAGACAUUAACCUUCGAGGAAGCCUUGGCCAGCAAUUCUGGACGUUCAUCCCGGACUUCCUAUGUGUCUUCUCUGACCUCACAUUCACACCAGCUCUGCAGGGUACCAAAUGGUUACCACUACACCCUGGGGCUUAGCACUGGGCCUGCCACAGCUCCAAGAGGCCGAAGCUACUACCAUGAAGCAGACGAGGAUGAUUGGUGCUAGCACAGGGACCCACAACAUGUUCCCACUCUUACCUCUGCUUCAGAGGAAAGCCAGAGAAGCACGGGGGAGGGUCAAAUAUGGGGGUCGGUUGCCCGAGUCACUACUGAUGAGUUUUAUCAUCAGCUGGCGCUUAAAUUGCCAUGACAACAGAGUGUGUUAUGGGAGAGCAGAGGCAGCCAUCUUGGAAGAACCCUGAGCAUGGGGUGAUUACAGGAAGUGAACAAGCUCAGGUUUACAGAAAGCAGAAAUGGGGCAGCUGACUGUUGGAUGUGCUUUGAAAUAUCUCAUGAGAAAGCUUCGUUUUGUUCAGGGGGUGGGCGAGCAAAGAUGGCAGUUUAUUUCUGAGGUAGGACACCAAACUGCGAAGGGCAUGAGAAUGAAGAUUAGAAAUGGACAAGGUAGGUGAGAGCAGCAAGGUGAAGGCCGUAUAGUAUCAAGUUUUACCACUCUUAUAGAUUUUCACUGUCAGGAGAUUAUCAAGGUUAUAUUCUAUUGCUUUGCUUCCAUCUCUAUAACAUAUCUGAUGCUAAUAACCAUGUAAACUAACAGCAGAACUUCUCCUCACCUCAUUCCCACACGCUCAGCUUGCCGUCAUAGAUAUAUGGCCCAGCUAUCCCAGUGCCUCAUCCACAGAAACUGCCACAAAACUCACAUGGCUGUUGUGUUUUUGUAGCAACUUGCUAGGGCUCUUCUUUCAUUCUGUCCUGUAGAACGUUGCUCACUCCUCUGAGGCAUCUUGCUACACAACCAAGAAAGAUGUCAUCUGAGAAUGUUCUCAUUUACGGAUAUCUGGUGAUAACCGUGUGCCCUGCUGGUUACAUGGGAGGUCUUUGAAUGCUGUUGCUACUCAUACAUUGAGAUAUUUGUAAUGUGUGUCUAUGAAGCUUGACUAUCUGUUGACCAUUGUUCUCAGUACAAAGAAGCUUCACCUUCUUUAGGUACAGCAUACAGUUUGGUUAUGCAUUGGUCCAAACAUGCAUGUAGUUGGUCGCACAUUGUGGGAACAUCAGCGUUUCAGCUAUGUUAUUAUAUUUUUGUGUGUAUGUGUGUGUGCAGUAGUUACAGUUUGAAAUGUAUUACUAAUGUUCACAGGGAGUCUUCCCCCUGUAGGUUUUUAAGCUGCUUCUUUACAUAGUCUUCACUCCAGUCUACCAAUUUGUUAGACUCUAUAACUCUGUCAGCCUGCCAUCCUAACUAGACCCUUGAUUAGUGCCCAGGGUUAUUAGUGCGAACCUUGCCCAUUUCUCUAGGAGUCCAGCUGUGGAGAUGUCCAAGUUUGAACGUUUUCUGUGCCAUUCAGUCAUAGAGGCAACAAGCUCUCUGCCCCAGUGCCAAAUUUUUGUUGGAGCCUUCUGGACCUGCAGGUGACAAGACUGUGCCAAUCUCUACAAGCCCAGGGUACUCCUAUUACACACACUUAUUUCAGAAGAGCUUGGGCAGUACACCUGUCCCAUGGCAAUAAGGCACUCCAUGACUGCGAACAUCUCGUAGAGCCGUGUGGCCUUUACAUUAAUAUGUAGCAUAUAAACUUCAUAGCAAGCACAAUGUGAUAAAGAUUUAUGGUAAGCAUGAUGAUAUAUCUUUACAGUGCAUAAAGGUAAAAAUAUAUUUUAAGGGCAAAAGCUGAUUAUCCAAAGACAUCAUUGUCGGCAGUAGAACCUACUGUAGGUGACCACUAUAGCCCUAACUAUUUUACUCUUGUUGGGCUUGAGAGGGGAUUUCUCGAGUACCUUUCACGGUUGAUGUGGUCAUGAUUACCUACAUCUUCCACUGAUUCAUAAUCUAGUGUUGCCAUAGCAGUAGAAGAAGAUUUGGUGCCUGCUGUUGUAACAUCCAUAAGACGCAAUGUAUUUCAGCACAAUGUUUCUUAUAUCGGUGGGGUGAGUAGAGGCCUUGGGUUUUGCAGGAGGCAAUAUAUAUUUUUCUUUUAAGUGAAUGAUCAGAAGUGGCAUUGUCUUUGGCAGAGGGAUCAUAAUAGUAUCUCAUGGGUAGGCUGUCACUCCAAGCACAAUUGUUGAGUGUGUGCUCCUUUGGUUUGGCUUCGAAAUUUGUAGAGAACUGAUACAAGCAGGGGAAACUUUACUUGCGAGGGUCAGUGUGCAGCCUGCGCAUUUCGCGCCUUUUUCCAGCAUGGCUUCUGUCUCAUUUCACUGCUAAGUGCCUAUAUUUUGGAAGAGCAAAGCUCUUGUAAACGGAGAGGCACCUUUGUUUUUUUGAAGCCGUCUCCAGUUUUCUGUCCCUUGGGAACCAUGAGAGCUUCACUCAUCUAACUCCACCGGUGGCCAUGUGAUACACUACAUAUUUCACAUGACUCACUGCGCAUUUAUUCCAUAAUUGUUCCACCCUCCAUGUUUAAUAUUGUCAUAGAGCUCUCUAUUUAAAAGCUACAGGGUUAUAAAUGUAUUAAAAGUUUAUAUAUUAGCAUUUCAUAAAUUAAAAGCAACUACGUAUGUUUAUUGCCCAACACUGGCCUAGUCAACACACUGACGUUACUCAUUCAAGUAACCUUGUUGUACUUAGUCCAACAGGCUGAUCCGUUUGACCAUCUAGAAUGAUGAUAUCGACAAUCUAGUCCCUACUUUAAAUGUAAGAUGGCGUCGCCAAAAGUCUUGGUUGGCCUAACGUCCACUGUUCUUUCACUGGAAUCUCUCUAGAUAAGAAAACUAUUUUAUAAACUGGCCACCGGCCAUGAGAGAUCGUAGAUACUGGAGAAUGUUGAACCUGUUUAGGUACAAUGCACUUUUCUUUGGUACCCGGUUUGACGUUGGUAGAGUUGACCUGUACAUAUUAUAAAGUAGGCUUGUCAGGUCCUUUAUAUUUUAUAGUUCUUUUUAGAGCUAUAGAGGACCCCCCUACCCCCUGUGCUUUAAAUUGGGGUAGCACAUAGGCAUGCAAAUGGAUUUUGUUUUAAAUGAAUAAUUUUAAUUACGUUUUUCAUUUAAUUAUGCUUGGUGGCUCAGCAUCUAUCACACAAGUCUCAUUAUCCUUCAAAAAGAAAACAAGGCAGAGUUGCAUGAGUUUUGGGUUGUAUCGGCCACAUUGAAACCAAUCUCUGCCUUGUCCAUAGUCACUUCUGAUUGACUGGGCUUUUUUUCAUCUUUAAUUCUGUUCUGUCGAGGGUGAAGUUAGCCUGUCUUCUUGCCGUGUCUCUCUCUCUCUCUCUCUAUAUAUAUAUAUAUCUGAGCACUUUCUACAAAAAUUGCCCUUUAUGUGUGCAUUGCCAACCAUAUCAUAUUAGUAUUGAAAAAAUCACCAGUCUUACUAUAACAAAAAAUAAUCUCUAUUUACGUACCCCGUUCUCUUUGUACAUUGCCAGAUACAUCAUUAACUUGUGAAAAGAAGCUGCCAGGCAAUUCAUCCUAAACCUAACCCAUACCCUAACCCUAGGGAAUGUAUGCAUGCUUAAUUUUUUUCAUUUAUCAUUUUCUUCUGUACGGAUUUCUUUGGUUGGCCGAAGGUCUAUUGACAGUCUGAGAUUAAAUACAAAAAUGUGUGGAUACUAAAAAAAAAAAAAGUUAAAGGUAUCUAUAAAAGUGGAGGGCAGAUUGUCCUCUCUCUCAAACACCCAUAAGAGAUCAUCAUAAAUUAGAUCAGAGGAGCAAAGAAGAUCUGGGUUGUUUCAGGGCCAUCAUGAACUCUUCAUAUCUAAUAGGAGGAGGGAUCUGUCCUUCAAAUCCAUUUUCCGCAGUCAGUGCCUCUGCAUUCAGAAAGAUUGGUACUCUCCCUUUAGGGGCUAUGCAACGAGGAACAAGAGGAGCGAAGAACUCAGCACCCUUUCUAUAUACACUGUAAGCUUUAUCUGCUGGACCCUCCCAUUCCAAGGCUUCAGGAUCAAUGCGACCAAAUGUUUUCUAUGAUUUUGUUUUCCUUAAAUUGAAGAGGCACAACUUCCACGGUUUAAAGAAAAAAAAAGUAAAAUGUAAAAAAAAAAAACUAUCUACAGAAAAACGAACAACAAUGUUAUGUGCAAGAUGCAUGGAAUUUUCAUUCACCCUGUAUGGACCCGGUCUUUGUUAUUUUAAUACCCGGAAUUACUCGGCCUUUGCCCUAAUGCAUACACGCACACCUGGUUCUUCCUCUCCCUCUUGGGCUGUAAAAGUUUGUUUUACAUGAUGGGGGGGUGGGGGUCAUGCAACUCUUGUUUAGACUGUGUUAAAAGCAUGCUUGCUGGUUGUAUUACAAUGUCUCUAAAUACCUAGGCAGUAUCUCAUUGGCUGUAAAAGUCAAGGAACUGUAGAAAAGGUUUCAAACACCGUUGGAGAAUUCUAAAAAAUAGCAAAAAAGGAAUGCAUUUCGGUGUAGAGGGGUCUACUUUGGCCCCAUCUUAGUUCCUUGAUUAACUAAAGAGAUGCUCUGGCAUUGAGCUGAUUGGCAUGUCCCAAGGUAACGUAUGUCUGAUUCUAUGCAAAACUAAGUUUGGAUUGGCAGCAUACUAAACCUACUUCUUACAUUUUGCCCCAUUAUAUUUCAUUUGAACCUGGUUGAGGUUGAAUUUUUUUAUAAUUUGUUAACGAAGGAGGCGGUCUGAUUUGAAAAGCUGUUUUUUUUUUUUUUAAAAAAUAAGCUUUAACUGUGAGACGUUUGAUUUU